CAAGCAAGGGGGGUGGCGAUGAGCAGGCGGCGGCGGCCCACGCUCACUCCAGGUCCGGGCGAGAGACUGCGGGUUCGGCGGCCAAAGGCCAGGCCCGCAGGCCGCGCGCCGCGGAGGCUGCCGGUCCCUGACGCCGGCCUCUGCGCGUCCCGCAGCCCGGCCUGGAGGCGGGGACCAUCCAUGGGGGCCUCGUGGGUCUCUCAGGCCCGGGAUCAGGUCCCCGCGCCAGGGCCCGAGGACGAGCCCCAGGAGGAGCCAGAGGUGCUGCUGGACCUGAGCCAACUGCCACCCGAGCUGCUGCUGCAAGUGCUGAGCCACGUGCCCCCGCGCACGCUGCUCGGCCGCUGCCGCCCGGUGUGCCGGCGCUGGCGCGCCCUGGUGGACAGCCAGGCCCUGUGGCUGCUCGUCCUGGCCCGCGACCGCAGCGCCGCUGGCCGCGCCGUGCUGCAGCUGGUCCGCAGCUACCCGCCCCUGGCCAGCUGCCGCCUCGGCUGCUUCUGCGAGCUCAGACCGCUCGGACGCAACCUCAUCCGCAACCCCUGCGGUCAAGAGGGUCUGCGACAGUGGAAGGUGCAGCACGGCGGUAGCGGCUGGGCGGUGGAAGAAAACAUACACGCCGUGCCCGGGGCCCCAGCACAGACCUGCUUCGUGACUUCCUUCAGGUGGUGUUCCAAGAAGCAGAUCUUGAACCUGGAGGAGGAGGGGCUGUGGCCAGAGCUGCUGGACAGUGGUGAGCUGGAGAUCUGUGUCUCUGACUGGUGGGGAGCCCGACACGACAGCGGCUGCAGGUACCGGCUCCACGUGCAGCUGCUGGACGCCGACCACGUUACCCUGGACAAAUUCUCAGUAGCGCCGGACCCUGUGCAACAGUGGAACAACAGUGUCUGUUUCCGAGUCAGCCACGUGUUCUCCACCUUGCCGACUGGCGUCCGCUUUGUGUCUUUUGAACACUGGGGCCAGGACACGCAGUUCUGGGCUGGCCACUAUGGAGCCCGUGUGACCAACUCGAACGUGACCGUGAGGGUCCGGCAGUCUUCGUGUGACAGCCCCACAGUGCCUUCCAGGAGUGGGCAGUGCCAGCCGACCUGCCGGCCACCCCAGAACCCCACGUCUGCCUAACACACACAUCUCCUGUGUCUGCUCAAGGCUCUGGCCUGGCCCUCUCUGCGGUUCUGGAAACUAUUGGAUGUCCCUUCCACCCGUGCAGUGGGAACACUGGUCCCCACGAGACCCUCACCCAGCAGCCCCCCGUGUUAGCCCCAGCUGCCUUGACCCUUCUGCUCCAUAAGCCUUUUGUCAUCUCCUGUCUCACAUUCUAGAACUUUCUGUGCUCCUACAGGGAAGUCCCCCUCCCCACACCCACCCGUUCGUUCUUUCACUCUCAUCCCUCCAGCUGGCAAAAUUUCUGCCACCUUGAUGGUGGACUUACCGUCCAGCGACUUCCAAGCUGUGGGACUGGGACCAGGUCUCGCAGGUGAGAAUAGACAAUGUUCAGAAGACAGGAGAUGAAGUGAGCCCAUGAGGGUCCUUAACACUCUGUAACUAUGUGGUCUUGAAAAUUAUUUUUCACUCUGAUGUUGUUUAUAAACAGAGUAAUAUAUCAGCAACAGGUUUCUGCCAGUUGUGUGCAAUAA